AUGAGCAGCCCUUCUGAGAAGAUGUUGCCGCUUCUGAUGGUGUUGGCCUUGUUUCUGUCCUCCAGGGCCUUCAUAGUGAUCAGAGGGGGCACAGAAACCAUACCACACUCCAGGCCCUACAUGGCAGCAAUAAAGAUUUCUGAUGACAACUCUACUUGGGCCCUCUGUGGAGGUUUUCUGGUGCGAGAAGACUUUGUAAUGACAGCAGCUCACUGUUAUAGAAGAAUUAUGAAUGUCAUGCUGGGAUCUCACAAUAUCACAACAAAUGAACCAACAAAGCAGGUCAUCCCCGUGCUUCAAUCCUUCCCUCAUCCAGAAUUUAAACGUGGUUCAUUUGUAAAUGACAUCAUGCUACUGAAGCUGAAAUACAAGGCACAACUGAACACAGCUGUGAAAACCAUUGCCCUACCACGGAGCAAGGACUGGGUGAGGCCAAAGCAGGUGUGCAGUGUGGCAGGCUGGGGAAUAACAGAAAAUGGCAAGUUGUCAGGCACCCUCCGUGAAGCAGACCUGGAAAUACAGAAGAAGAAGAAGUGCAAGCAAAUGUACUCACAUUACAAUGAUGCCAUUCAGCUGUGUGUGGGUAACCCACAGUACGCGAAGAAUGCUAGAAGGGGCGACUCAGGAGGUCCCUUGGUGUGUAACGAUGUGGCCCAGGGCAUUGUCAGUAUUGGAUACAAUUUUACCUCUACUGCAGUCUACACCAGAAUCUCCAGCUUUGUUCCCUGGAUCUACAGAAUCAUGACUGCAUCCUUGUAUCACUAA